AUGUCGGGAGAGAUAUAUUACUUCUUGCAGCAGUCCUUCGAACAUCAAAGUCUGGAUGGGUCUCGCGAAGCUCCAUCUAAUUCGGAUUCGGACGACGACCUUGAGGAUGAGGAGCCGGAUUUUAUGGACGAGUUGGUGCCAAGCUCGAGCUUUUCCAGCCUUGCGAUUAUACCUUACGUGCGUGUUACGAGGCUCGGGCAUAAUGGCAUUGAGGUGGCUUCUUCUUCGAUCGGUAUCGCCUCUACUCCUCCAGCCUUCAAGUUGCUUUACUUUGGUCGCGGGUACAUCGUUGCGGCUUCUGCCUAUCCUAUGUUGACUGUCGCCAUACUAGUGAUCAAGGGCGUCAGUCUCACGCAGGAUGAGAUCGACUUCAACUGA